CAGCCACCACUUCCCACACAUCUCUUCUCUCUGGACAAGCUAUCAACCCGGACUCUCAAGAUGGCCUAUGUCCCAGCACCAGGCUACCAGCCCACCUACAAUCCGACUCUGCCAUACAAGAGGCCCAUCCCGGGUGGCCUCAGUGUUGGGAUGUCCAUUUACAUCCAAGGAGUGGCCAAAGAGCACAUGAAGCGGUUCCACGUGAACUUCGCUGUGGGGCAGGAUGAGGGGGCGGAUAUUGCUUUCCACUUCAAUCCGCGCUUUGAUGGCUGGGACAAGGUGGUCUUCAACACCAUGCAAAACGGGCAGUGGGGCAAAGAGGAGAAGAAGAAGAGCAUGCCUUUCCACAAGGGCAGCCACUUCGAGCUGGUGUUCAUGGUCCUGGCGGAGCACUACAAGGUCGUGGUCAAUGGCAAUCCCUUCUAUGAAUACGGGCACCGGUUGCCCCUACAGAUGGUCACCCACCUGCAAGUGGACGGAGACCUGGAGCUUCAGUCAAUCAACUUCCUUGGCGGCCAACCCACGGCAGCCCCACAUCCGGGACCCAUGACUAUCCCAGCUUACCCUAGUCAUGGGCACAACCCUCCACAGAUGAACAGCUUGCCUGUCAUGGCAGGACCCCCAGUGUUCAACCCGCCUGUGCCAUAUGUGGGGACUCUGCAUGGGGGCCUUACAGCCCGAAGAACCAUCAUAAUCAAGGGAUAUAUACUUCCUACAGCCAAGAACUUUGCCAUCAACUUCAAGGUGGGAUCGUCCGGAGACAUAGCUUUUCACCUGAACCCCCGCAUAGGCGACAGUGUGGUUCGCAACAGCUAUGUGAAUGGCUCUUGGGGCUCUGAGGAGAGGAAGGUGGCCUACAACCCAUUUGGCCCUGGGCAGUUCUUUGAUCUGUCAAUCCGCUGCGGCACGGAUCGCUUCAAGGUGUUUGCCAACGGGCAGCACCUUUUCGACUUCUCACAUCGGUUCCAAGCCUUCCAAAGGAUAGACCUGCUGGAGAUCAAAGGUGACAUCACCUUGUCCUACGUCCAGAUCUGAGCUCCUCCUGGGAACGGAAGCAGAAAGACCCAAGUUCCAUCUAAGCCUCUAAUAAAAUGUUAAAGGGGUCUUGUGUGUGUGUGUGUGUGUGUGUGUAUGUGCGUGCGCACAUGUGCACAUGCACACGUGUGCGUGAUAUUCACCUCUACCAUGUCUCCUGUGGCCCCGGCUCUCCCAUCUUGC